AUGGCCCUCACCGCCAUGUACAAUACGAAUCCUUUAAAUCCCUCCUUCUCGAAGAUGCUUGGACCGGAUAUGUGCUCGUUGCUUGGUGCAAAUGGCUCAGUGCUCGCGAUGUUGUUCGACGCACAAGGCGUAGCGAUCGAUGCCACUGAAACAGACAUUCCUGUUGUAUGCAACGCGCUUUGCAGCAAGCGAACUUAUCAAAGGACCGAUCUGGUUGACCCUGAUGCAUGA